UCGACAAAGCCGCGAGACUCGUAUAAAAACAAGAUAAAUUUGAAAAAAAACGUUCUCCGUCGUCUAAUUUACUGCUAAAUUAGACGAAGGUUUCCAUCGCUAAAUUACAGAAUCCUAAAUUCUCCUGUAGCUCGAGACUAAGUUGAGGAAAUAACAAGAACAGUGCCAAAGUGUGUGUGCCAUAGGAUUAUAUCAGUAUCAACGAAAAAGAAAACAAACGCACACAAUGGAGAGAACGCGGAGGAGUAUACGAAGGACCAUUCUCAGCUUAUUAUUGCCCCUGCUGCUAGCCUUAAGCGUACAUUGCGAGUCACCGUUAGUUGACAGUAGCGCGUUGCCUCUCGAGCACAGAUCGGUAUACGGGCCACCAGCUCAAUAUGGCCCACCACAGUCUCACGGCGCGGAAGAGAAUUGGCCCUUGGCAUCACCGGACACGCCACAAAUAAAGCAUCUUCAAGUGCAGUGUGAAAAGACGCACAUGCGAGUGAACGUGGAAUUCGAUCGUCCGUUUUACGGGAUGAUAUUCAGUAAAGGUUUUUACUCGGAUCCUCAUUGCGUUCAUUUGAAGCCAGGAACCGGUCAUUUGAGCGCAACGUUCGAGAUAUUUUUGAAUUCCUGCGGUAUGAGCAGCUCGGCGAAUCACAAUGCUGCCGCUUACGGAGCACCGACGCCGUCCGGAAGUUACGUCGAGAACACGAUAAUUGUACAGUACGAUCCUUACGUCCAGGAGGUUUGGGAUCAGGCUAGAAAAUUGCGCUGCACGUGGUACGAUUUUUACGAGAAAGCUGUCACAUUCCGACCUUUCCAAGUCGACAUGCUUCACGCCGUUACCGCUAACUUCCUCGGCGACAAUUUACAAUGCUGGAUGCAAAUUCAAGUCGGGAAAGGACCCUGGGCGUCGGAGGUUUCCGGUAUCGUUAAAAUCGGACAGACCAUGACGAUGGUGCUCGCCAUCAAGGAUGACGAAAAUAAGUUUGAUAUGUUGGUGAGAAAUUGCGUUGCUCAUGAUGGCAAAAGAGCACCGAUUCAACUCGUCGACCAAUAUGGAUGCGUCGUCAGGCCCAAGAUCAUGUCCAGAUUCCAAAAGAUCAAGAACUUCGGACCCAGCGCAUCCGUCGUCAGUUUCGCGUACUUCCAGGCUUUCAAAUUCCCCGACAGUAUGAACGUCCACUUCCAGUGCGUUAUCCAAGUGUGCCGCUACAACUGUCCCGAGCCGAAGUGCGGACAUCCGGGUCUCGAGUACGGUGCCCCUUCGGCGUCGAUACCUCAGGAAUACGGCGCACCGGUUCAUCAGGGUCUCUCCGGGGAUUACGGAGCACCGCCUGUUCCUGAAUACGGAAUUCCUCCGGCAUAUCCUGAUCCGCGUCAUCCAAGUGGGCCAGCUGGAGCUUACAGUGAGCCGAAUCCUGACGUAGUGCCAGCACCCCAGGCACAGACUUCGUCUUCGUCCCCAAGUUCGACUCCGGGCGACUCGACGGCAGCCGCGAGUUCACCACAGAGCCAAAGCAAGGACAGCAUACAUUUGCCUCCGCCUCCACUCCCGGGUCAUCCUGCUGGCGCUUAUCAAACCGUGAAACGAAAGGGCACAGUGGGCUCCGACGAACUCGAAGGUAAUCUCGCUACCCUCGGUGGACGACCGAGAUCCGUUGAGGGUUUACCCGCUGAGUUACGAGGUGCCAGGAGACGAAGACACACCGAGCUGGCUGACAAUGACCCUAGCCUAUUCCACACGGUGACUCUCGUAUCGUCACACGUAUACAAACGCGCCGCCCAAGAGAUGACGGACGUAAAUACAUCGAGAAUAAUUCAAGUGGUGGCGCCAGGAGACGUGAAUUUUGCGCUCGGUACGACAAACACGAGUAACGACACAACGGUAGUCAUACAAAACGCGAGUGCAUCGACCGAUCCCGAAACGAUUUGUAUGUCAUUGCCCGGUUUCGUCGGGGGUCUCGUAAUGUUGUUGUUGGUUAUAGUGGUGGCGUCGCUCGUCGCAGCAUUUUUAUUUGUUCGAGUUCGUGCCGUUGAUCGAAAGAACGCCGGUAUGACGAAUACCGGUUUCGCGCAUCCGGUUUAUGCGCCGGAAAAUUGCGGUAUGCCGAAUCCCGAAUUCGUCAAGGUCGCCAAUUGAUUUGUGAAGUUUCACGAAAAGACUGCGAGAAGUGUGGAUCGAAUGAGAGGGAGGAAGAGAGAGAGAGAGAGAGAUGAAGAGAGUAAAAUUAAGAGAAUUUCGGAUGAUCGCAAACGAGAGCGAUGGAUCGGUGAAAAUAACAAAGAGUUCAAUAGUUCGCUGACGAACCGUCGAGUUCGCUGCUCUCCGAAAGGAUUCUUCCUAACUCGAGAGAUUUCUGUUCGAAUUUUCUCGCAGAAUGUUUCGUAUUUUUCUGUCGAACGGACAGUGAGACGAGAGAACGAAGUUUGUCGAGUCUUCGACGUUGAUAUUUGGGAAAAUUGAUGUAAAUAUGAGACGAAAGAAUGAAGAAAAUUUAACGCGACGUGAGUGAGUAGGAGAGACAGGGGCGAAUGAAAAAAUCUCGUUGAAAUGAGUGAUCGAGAAGGCGAAGAAAAUAAAAAGGAGCGAUUCGUCAAACGCGAGGAGGGGAGAGAGCCGCGAAUUAUUCGCGUCCAGCUUCACCAAUGAGUGUCCGCCCUCGUUAAUGCCUUUUUACUCAAAGCUUCUCAGUUGAGAAUGGUUUUUUUUCGUAUUUUCUUUGGCCGUACGUGACAGGAACGCGGUAUUGAUAAAUGUUUUCAAGGCUUCGACUUUUAGCAUUAUUUUUCUUUAUCUCGAUGGCGACGAGACUCGGAAUGAAGCCUCCGGUGGAGCUGGAUCGAUUAUCGUGGCUCUGGAUAAUGAUGUACAUAAAAAAAAAAAAAAAAAAAAAAAACAAACGAUGAAAUGAACAGAGAAUCUCUCGCGGGGAUCGAACAGAGAUAACUUUGCCCAAUACUCGCCAGUUUAUUCCUGCGACCCAAUUGUAUUUCCCUUCCUUCGAUUUUCUUUUCCAUCCUUCGCACCAUCACCAUUCUAUUAUUAUUAUUAUUAUUAUCAUUAUUAUUAUUAAUAUUAUUAUUAUUGUUAUUUAUGCUCGCUAAUGACUUUAACGACUUUUCUCAUCGUCAUUAUUCUCACUCUUGAUCUCGUGAAUCUUUCGAUUUUUCACUCUCGUCUACUCAACAUGUUUUAUUUAUUAUAAUUUAUGUUAGUUAAAAAUAUUGUCCCCCGGAAAGGAAAUUCGUGGACGCGGACGUGGAUUUCGAACUCGCAUGGAAAAGAAUUUGGGCUUAAUCGAGUGUCUGGUUCAUAUGAUAGGAAAAGCUCCAAAGACGAGAAAAGCGAAAGACUCGCGAAAUCCCUCGGUUUUCUCACAUUCGCAGUCAUUUUUUCUUCUUUAUCUUCCUCCCUCUCUUCGCCCCAAUCUCGUCAUCUUUUUUCCUCUCUCGCGACCAAAAAAGCCCCCGAACGAACGAAAAACGGAGCCUUUCGCCUCUUUUUAUUCAACGCGAACUCGUCUCGUUUGAACUCUUUUUCUUGCUGUACGACUAACGCGACAACGCCGCGAAUAUUCGAAGCGACGCGGCGCACGGUCGUUCCUAACCUAACUUAUUGCUCGAAAUCGCCAAGUCAACCCCCCGAAAGAGAGAAGGAGAGAACGAGCCAUUUUCUCAGUUCGAGCUUUUCUCUUUCUCUCUUUCGCUCCAUCCCCACUUUUCCUUAACCCCACACCCUUUCCCACUUUCCCUAGUUGACCCUAAUCAUUAUAUUCCCCGGCUAUAGAGGGAAUAUGUUUUACGUACGUGUCUUAAGCACACAUUCACACAAAUACGCGCGGAUAACUAUACCCAAAAACAAAGAAAGAACGUAGGGAAAUGUAGAACACACCGGCUCGAAUUUAUGAGCGAACGAAGAGAUUCGGGAGGAAAAAAAACGUAUACGCUGACACAUACACUCACACGACGUUACCUACACAUAGGAGACAAACGCAGAUCGCCCGUUGGACGAUCUUCAUCCGCCUACGCGCAACAUCAUUCGUAUAAUUAUAUUUUUUGAUAAAUAUCUUGAGUAAACGAUAAAUUUUAUUUAUAAAAA